ACAGCCUCGGCCUUAGGGAGCCCCCUUUGCCUCCGGUCCCCCAGCCGAUCUUCCGCAGCUCCCCGCGCCCUCCCGGGAGGACCCCGCUGUCACCGGCGAUGCUCCGAAGACCCGGGAUCUGGGCGAGGAAGGCGGUGGCAACCUUUUUCCAGCUGGGGGAAACAAUCCUGGACCAUGACUCAACAGCCACUUCGAGGAGUGACCAGCCUGCGUUUCAACCAAGACCAAAGCUGUUUUUGCUGCGCCAUGGAGACAGGUGUGCGCAUCUACAACGUGGAGCCCUUGAUGGAGAAGGGGCAUCUGGACCACGAGCAGGUGGGCAGCAUGGGCUUGGUGGAGAUGCUGCACCGCUCCAACCUUCUGGCCUUGGUGGGCGGUGGUAGUAGCCCCAAGUUCUCAGAGAUCUCAGCAGUGCUGAUCUGGGACGAUGCCCGGGAGGGCAAGGACUCCAAGGAGAAGCUGGUGCUGGAGUUCACCUUCACCAAGCCAGUGCUUUCUGUGCGCAUGCGCCAUGACAAGAUCGUGAUCGUGCUGAGGAACCGCAUCUAUGUGUACUCCUUCCCCGACAAUCCCCGAAAGCUGUUUGAGUUUGAUACCCGGGACAACCCCAAGGGGCUCUGUGACCUCUGCCCCAGCCUGGAGAAGCAACUGUUAGUCUUCCCGGGACACAAGUGUGGGAGUCUGCAACUUGUGGACCUGUCGAGCACGAAGCCUGGCACCUCAUCUGCUCCCUUUACCAUCAAUGCACAUCAGAGUGACAUAGCCUGCGUGUCUCUGAACCAGCCAGGCACAGUAGUGGCCUCAGCCUCCCAGAAGGGUACUCUUAUUCGCCUCUUUGACACACAAUCCAAGGAGAAACUGGUGGAGCUCCGCCGAGGCACUGACCCUGCUACCCUCUACUGCAUUAACUUCAGCCACGACUCCUCCUUUCUCUGCGCUUCCAGUGAUAAGGGCACCGUCCAUAUCUUUGCUCUCAAGGAUACCCGCCUCAACCGACGCUCCGCGCUGGCUCGCGUGGGCAAGGUGGGGCCUAUGAUUGGGCAGUACGUGGACUCUCAGUGGAGCCUGGCGAGCUUCACUGUGCCUGCUGAGUCAGCCUGCAUCUGCGCCUUCGGUCGCAAUACUUCCAAGAACGUCAACUCUGUCAUUGCCAUCUGCGUAGAUGGGACCUUCCACAAAUAUGUCUUCACUCCUGAUGGAAACUGCAACAGAGAGGCUUUCGACGUGUACCUUGACAUCUGUGAUGAUGAUGACUUUUAAGAGCCCUGGGGGCUGUGCUAGGGACCUACAGUGGCAGACUGCAGAGAUGAGCCUUGGCAGUGGGGCAUGCUUGGACGCUACCUGCCAGCAAGCAUUAAUGGGGCCAGUGCCCACUUUCCACUCAGCAGAGCUAUGUCUAAAUAAAGAGCUCACUUCCCCCAGCACUUCUUGAUGACUGUGUGCCCCAAGGGCCAAGCCAGGGACCCAGGAAGGCAGAGACCCCUUGGGAUCCCCAACCUGGAAGAAAUUGCUAGGGACCCAGAGGGAGUGGCCUAAUCCAACCUGGGGAUUUUUUAUAAGCUUCCCAGGAACAGAUGAUCUCUGAUGUGAUGAAUACGAAUAAAAGGCCCUUAAUGGCA